UGAUUCCCCAGUCACAAGUUAGAGCUAAAGUUAGCUCGUUUGUUUACAUUGAGAGGUAUCUUAAAUGAUCUUUGAGGAAAUAUUGAGAGUUUAUGGGGGGAAAAAACUCACGAAAUUACCUUGUAUUGGUGUCAUCUGUGGACAGUGACCGCGCAGAGGAGACCAGACACACUUUGGAGACUCUCUUGCCUGAGAACUAUGACCACACUUUGUACUCAUACCAACCACUGGGAGAAACACAGUUCAGAUCCUCCCUGAAGUUGAAACUGCUCUGAGGAAGAGGUCCACAAGUGGUUGAAGGACUUCCAGAGAACAUCAGACUUGAUUUGGAGGAAGUCAAAGACCUAUCCCAAUGCUGACAGGAUUAACAAGUAUAGAAUCUUCUGCAGGUGGACCGAAGAUGCCAGCAUAAUACAAGGUCCAGGUUCAGCCAGAAGUACCAACAACACAUGUUGUGGUGCAAUAAUGUACCUCAUCUUGAAGAGAUCCACUCAUAUCAAACCAAGAGAAUCAAGGUCCCAGAUACCUCUUUCGCGUCUGUCUACGGAACAACCACAGUCUGACAAGUGCUGAGGGACUGAAGAGGAGAGACGUAAGCGGAUACCGUUGAGAAAUUGACAAACGCUGUUUGAAAUAGGCCACUCUCCUUCAUCAGCUCUAAAAAACGAUCAAAUGUGAGGUGCAAGUGGACGUGCAUGCCUCCGUGGAUCGCUUCAUUUGCCCCGACCUUCAAUUCUGCUACAAGUCAGUAGCUUGACACCCUUGAACUGCUGAUUCAUUCAGUGUAUCAAAAAUGCUAUCAGCAGAAAUAAUUUGCUGUAGGUGUGUUCCUCAUUUGUCCAUUACAGAUUGUACCGCAAGCUUUUCAAAGAAGCAUGUGUUGCAUCGUAUGUGGAGAAGAAGAUUGAUGACUCUAACGAGCAUCUGGAUAACUGCAAUGAAGAAGAAUGUUCACCAGGAAUGCUAUGUUUUCCGGCAAAGGUUGAGUCGUGCGUCCUCUGAAACAUGACCUGCCAAACUGCACUUCUUAACACCCACCCGCCAGCUGCACCAAUGUGCCAGAGGAAACACCGUUCAAUUGACCACCGAGGUCAGCCUGCAGGCACCCGGCCUGCCACAAGGAAUCGCUAGCGGGCGAGGAGCCAAGUAAAGCCCCCCCGGCCAAACCCUUCCCUAACGACGCUGGGCAAAAUGUGCACCGCCCUAUGGGACUCCCAAUCACAGCUGGUUGUGAUACAGCCUGGGAUCGAAUCUGGGUCUGUGGUGACGCCUCUAGCACGGCAAUGUAGUUCCUUAGACCGCUGCGCUACUCGGGAGGCCUUUAUAUAUUGUUAUAUGGUAUGUGGACAUUAAGACUUGAUUAGUAAAUAUAAAAAUGUAACAAUACAGUAAAUGUGUUCAGUAAAUAAUAGUUGGCACACUUUGAUGUACACCACAUUAGAAAAUUAUAAACAAGCUCUUAUUUAAUGUGUAGAAAUUAUUAAAAAAAAAAUGAAAACCCCCCAAGUUAACCCACUGUUCCUAGGCCGUCAUUGAAAAUAAGAAUUUGUUCUUAACUGACUUGCCUAGUUAAAUAAAGAUAAAAUAAAACAAUUACUGAGAUGUUUCCUUACUAAAAACUAUUUUAAUAUCAAACUCACAAACAACUUCGUUUUACCAUAAAAUGUGGUAAUUGUGAUUGGCAGCCAAUUCGAAGAACCAGUAAGAGAAAGUAAAAUGUAUGACGUCAAUGAUAGGGACCAAUAACUAAUGUCCAUUAGUGGGGACAAAAAUCAGUUGCUGGGUCUCAGUAAAUGAGACAUAUCGUGGGACUUUUAUUUUGAAGUUGUUACACAUGGGCUUUUCACACGGAUCCUGCAAUCCGGGAUCCUUGGAAGGUCCCUACCCUAAAACCACAGAUAUAACAAUGAACAUCUUUGCUAAAACCCUAUCCUUAACCCCUAACCCUUGCCUACAUUUCAAGUGCAAUGGUGUAGGGGCGUCCCAACGAUACCAGAUAGUACUUUUUGUUUUUCCUUACCCAAGUUGUCAUGGUGACGACGUGUGUUUGAAUAGGGGGACACGGACUUGCGUCAGGCUACAGCACAAACAACAUACCAACAACAACGUUCAGAUAUUAAUAUUGUUCAUCAAAAUAAUAAUAGCUAGCUAACCUAAAGCUCAUGUAAGUUCACCACCGCGGAAUCAAUGAAAGAAAAAGUAGUCUAUUAAGGUUCCUAUCUGGCAACAUAGUUGGAGGAGUUGAUUCUGAGUUCUGAGACGUAUUGCCUGAAGACCCGACAUGGAAUUGGAUUGAAUUCUGCGCCGGGCAUAAAUAAGUGUUUGGUUAAGGAACAUUUCCUCUCAAGACCUCUUCAUGAUGGAGGACUCUCCUGAGGUUAUAAACUUCUCAGCGCUGGAGUGGGAGUUGCAGUCUGCUGUUGAAGCGGACAACAAAUAUCAAAGAGAAAACGAUGCAAAGUUUCGUGCUCUACACCAGAAGGUCGGGACUUAUGAGGAGUUUAGGGACAUAGUCCUGGCAUCCCACCUGAAACCACUGGACAGGAUGGAUAAAGCCGAAGCUCCUCGCAAACAGCCCUGGAAUGCCGUCGCCUCCACUGACAAAGGGCAGAACCACACUAGCUGUGAUGAAAUAGGCCUAAAGCCUCAGUUGUCAGAGUUCCAGCCCAGGACAGCGUCAGAGUUCAGCCGGGACUGGCGCAGGUUCGGCAGUGAUAAAUACAGCCUCCUGCUCUCCCUAGGUGGAGAGGGCCUUCGGGACAUCUUCAGGGCUGAGGUGGGGUUUGGCCUGCUGGGAGAGUUCCUCGUGCUUCUAUCCAGUGGUCUCCAGCCUGGGGAUGAGGCCACGGUGAUAGGGGUCCUGGAGGGGCUGUCCAAUACCCCCAGGUUUGGCAUCAAUAUGUCCCUGCUGAGCCGGGCUGAGAGGGAGGCAUGUGGAGAGCUGUUUCAGAACCUGAAAGCAUCAGCAGCGGGGAACAGCAGUGUCAGAGGAUUCGAAGGGGAUGUUGUCGUCCGUGGAAGCAGUGUGGAAGAGAUUAAAGAGACACGAGACGCUGAGGCGGAGACUCUGUUUCCAGGACCGGCCAGUGAGGCUGCCGGAAGAAGCACCGAAACUGAACCUUUAUACGGUAUAAUGCAGUUGUAUGGGGUUCAAACUGUUUCUCCUCCUCAGUAA